UGAACAGACAAAUUUGUUAGCUUUAUAAGUUCACAGGCUCUUCCUUAUUUUUAAUCAACCUACUAAAUCACUUCAAAAAUCGGUUUUGUCCCUACUGUCCCAUUCCAGACUACAAUGACCUUUAAAGAAAUGCUUGACGUUGUAAUCACUAGAUAUGAAGUCAGGGAUAUCCGCUUUCCUACUUCUCAGCAUUUGGACGGCUCGGAUGCUAUGAACAAAGAUCCUGACUAUUCUGCCGCCUAUAUUGUCUUUUAUACGGACGCCGAAGAACCGUCGUUGGAAGGACAUGGUAUGACUUUCACUUGCGGCCGUGGCAAUGAAACCGUCUGCUGCUGUAUAAAGCAACUCGCUGUCAAGUUUAUCAAUAAAUCGUUGCGAGAACUAGUAUCCGAUAUGCGUUCAACUCAUCGUAUUUGUACGGGCGAUUCUCAGUUACGUUGGAUUGGUCCUGAAAAGGGUGUGGUCCAUUUGGCAACGGGUGCUGUCAUUAACGCCAUUUGGGAUUUAUGGGCAAAGGCCGUAAAGAAGCCUGUGUGGAAGUUAGUGGUGGAUAUGACACCUGAAGAAUUUGUGCAGUGUAUUGAUUUUCGUUAUAUUACUGAUGUCAUCACACCGGAAGAAGCAAUUGAGAUGCUGCGUGUCAAUGUCCCUCAUAAAGCGGAAUACGAAUCCAACGUACUUGUCAAUGGUUAUCCAAGUUAUACGACCUCUGCAGGGUGGAUAGGCUACAGUGAUGAGAAAGUUCGCAGACUUAUUCGUGAAGCUAGGGCUGAAGGCUUUACUAUCUUUAAGCAAAAGGUAGGUAGAGAUAAAGCUGCUGAUGUGCGUCGCGCCUCUCUUAUUCGUGAUGAAUUUGGUGAAAAAGGCACUUUAAUGAUGGACGCAAAUCAAGUCUGGGAUGUUCAAGAAGCAAUUGAUUGGAUGCAAGAUUUACUGCCCUUCAAACCUUUAUUCAUUGAAGAACCUACUUCUCCAGACGAUGUGCUUGGUCAUGCGGCUAUUCGUAAGGCGCUCUUUCCCUAUACCAAGGUAGCCACGGGUGAGCAUAUUCAAAAUCGUGUAAUUUUCAAACAAUUGUUUCAGGCGGAAGCUAUUGAUUUUUGUCAAAUCGAUUCUUGUCGUGUUGCUGGUGUUAAUGAAAUUCUUGCUAUACUUUUGAUGGCAAAGAAAUAUAAUAUACCUGUUUGGCCACACGCAGGCGGUGUUGGUUUGUGUGAAUAUGUUCAGCAUCUAUCUUUAAUUGAUUAUAUCUGUGUCACUGGUACCACCGAAGGUCGUGCUUUAGAAUAUGUAGAUCAUUUGCAUGAACACUUUAUCCACCCUGUUAUUAUGAAGAAUGGUCGAUAUACUGCUCCUCUUGCGCCCGGAUAUUCUAUCGAAAUGAAGCGGGAUUCUAUUGAAGAUUACAGCUUUCCUAACGGCAAAGUUCAUCGCCAACAAUAAGCAGUUAUAAAUCUACUUUCUCCCCUUAAGUUACUCCCUGUUACUAUGUAUUAUCAAAUAAAUGUGUUUGUAAUCGUUAAUUAUUUAGCUACCAAGUACUUUUAACACUUUA